AAAUGUCUCCAAGUGAUCACAACGACCUAAUUGGAGUAGAUUUUGUCAUCAAAGAAAUUGAGUCUUUGCUAGAAAUUGGGUCCAAUGAUGUUUGUAUUGUGGGGAUUUGGGGCCUUGGUGGAAUAGGCAAAACAUCUAUUAGUCGUGCAAUAUUCAACAAAUAUUCAAGCGAUUUUGAAGGUUCUUUCUUCGCUGAAAAUGUUAGGGAAGAAUCAGAUAAUUGUAAGAGACUAAUUGCCUUGCGUGAAGAACUUUUUCGCAAAAUAUUAGAGGAUAGAUAUGCCAAUCUAGAACUCACCUACACAAAAGAAAGACUUGCCCAUAAGAUAUACAAGCUUGAGGGAUUAUCUCAUCAUGCUGCUCUUCAGCUUUUCAAGCGUUGUGCCUUCAAACAUAAUGAUUAUACAAUUGACGAGUGCAUGGAGCUAUCAUAUAGGAUAGUAACAUAUGCAAAAGGUGUCCCAUUAGCUCUUAAAGUUUUAGGCUCUUCUCUGGUAGGAAAGCCAAAGGAAGAAUGGGAAAGUACAAUGAAUAAAUUAGAAAGAAAUCCUCCUAAGGAAAUCCAAGAUGUGUUGAAAAUAAGCUUUGAUGGAUUAGAUUAUGAACAGAAGCAAAUAUUCUUAGAUAUUGUAUGCUUCUUUAAGGGGAUGGGUAGAGAUUUUGUAAUAAGUGUCAUGGAUUCUUGUGACUUCUCCACAAAGAAUGGGUUAAGUGUUCUUAUCGAUAAGUCGUUCAUUGUUGUAUCAAAUAAUAUGAUAACAAUGCAUGAUUUACUUGAAGAAAUGGGUAAAGAAAUUGUUCGAGAAGAAUCUGUUGAAGAUCCUGGCAAACGCAGUCGUUUAUUUCAUCAUAAGGAUAUAUAUCAUGUUUUGACAAGAAAUAAGGGGACUGAAGCAAUUAAAGGCAUAUGUCUAGAUGUGUCUAAAGUAGGAGAAAUACAAUUAACUUCUCAUGCUUUUUCAAAGAUGCAAAACCUCAAAUAUCUCAAAGUCUAUAACUCGCAUUAUGGAGAGGAUUUUAAUAAGCUGUAUGGAUUUCAAGAUGUGAAAUUUGAAUUCCCUGAGCUAAAGUACCUCUCGUGGCCUAGGUAUGCAUUGACAUCAUUGCCUUUGAAGUUUCAUCCAGAGAACCUUGUUGCACUUGAGAUGCCUGAAAGCAACAUUGAGCAACUUUGGCCUGGGGUCCCGAAUAUUGUAAGUUUAAAACAUAUUGACCUCCGCGGAUUCAAGCAUUUACUCAAAUGUCCUGACCUUUCAUUGACAAAAAAUCUACAGACUCUGGAGUUAGAUGGCUGCUCAAAUUUGGAUACGGUACCAAAUAUCUCAUGUAAUGUUGAAGUGUUAUUAUUAGGUGGAACUGCAAUUAGAGAAUUACCUUCGUCAAUUGAGAGUCUAUCUAAAUUAUAUCUUUUGGCUAUUGACAAUUGUACAAGGCUUGAGAGUCUUCCUAACGGCAUUUGCAAGUUGAAGUCUCUUGAACAACUUUAUCUCAGUGGUUGUUUGAAACUUAAUAGUUUGCCUGAUGAGAAAGGAAAAUUAGAGGCUUUGAAUACACCUGAAGUUCGUUUUAUUGGUAUAAGGGAUUUACUACCAUCCAUAGUAUGUUUGAAAAAACUCAAAGACUUCACUUUGGGGGGAUAUAAUGUUAAGGAAUGCGUGGAUUUGAUGUUGUCUUGUUUAUCAAGUUUUCAAUUUCUCUCGGGUCUAGAUCUAUCUAAUUGUUGUAUCACUGAGUUACCUAGCAGUCUUGGCCAACUAACCUCACUACAUAGUUUAAACAUAGGUUUCAACAAAUUUAAGAGCAUACCGGCAAGCAUCAUAAAUCUUUCCAAAUUGUCCUGGCUUAAUGUACGCGGCUGUGAUGUGCUUAAAUCCCUUCCAGAGCUUCCAUUAAGCCUCAAAUAUUUAUAUGCAUAUGACUGUUAUUCACUUGAAUUAUUGUCUGGUUUACCAAUUUCAUGGUCAACUACAUGGGGGCUUGAGGAAGCUAAUUUCAGCAAUUGUUUUAAACUGGACCAGAGUGUCCUUGAAGGCAUUGUGAAAUCUACUCUACAAAAUAUUCAGCCAAGUGCAACUGAAUCAUUUGGUUACAAUACAAAUGGAAAAUGGAUAUUAUAUCCUGGAAGUUCAAUUCCUCAGUGGUUUACCUUCAGAAGUAAGGGAUCAUUUAUAGAGCUACUACCGGGCUGUUUGAAUGGUGACCUAGUAGGUUUACUUUUCUGCGUUGUUAUAUCACCCAGAGACCAUCCUGAUGAGGUGAAAGACUUCAACGUUAGAUACGAGUUGCAUCUAAAAUCAGAUGGUGGGCAAUAUGCACAAAAGGCCGAGGGUUCUUGGAACGUUAUGGAGACUCCGGACUCAGACCACGUAUUCUUGGGUUACGAAGCUUCUCGGUCUGCCCAAUUCGGUUUCAAUAGUGAAGUUUUGUUUCAAUUCUAUAUUGAAGAUGAGGAUUUUAGACGUCUUGAAUGUUACGAAGUGAAAGAAUGUGGUGUCAAUGUUCUACUCUACCUUCAAACUAGUAGUGGACCAAUGAAAGAAUCUGUCACAAGUUUCAGCUCUGAGGAAAAUAAAGAGGAUCAACAACACGCCAAAAGAUUGGAGUUUAGGCAAAUAACCAAGCAAGCACAGAAACGCAGAACGAGAGUUUCAGCGUUUCCGAGAUGGUUCUGCUCUCUUGGGUUUUAUGUAUUGCUUGUGGCGAUUCCAGUUCUGCAUGCUGUGGAGAGCUGUAUCGUUGUCUGCUGUGUGAUCUCCUUACUGUUGCAUUGGUGUUGCUGGGUUUUGUCAAGUCAUCUGUAUCAAUGUCCUCCUGCUCUGCCUCCGCUCUGCUCUACUGGUGCUGUCUGGGGGCAUUCAGCUUGCUGCUCUGCCUCUGAUGGUGCUGUAUCAAUGUCCUUACUGCUGUGUGAUCUCCUUACUGUUGGUGCUGUCUGGAAGCUUUCUGCUUGCUGUGGUGCUGGUGUAGCAGCUGUGAAUAUAAUUUGGUUGUGUAUGGUUGCUGGAAGUGCUAAAAAUUGCUGGCUAUUCCUUGUUGGCUGUUCAAGAGUUUUGGAAAUGCUGCGUGCUGCUCCCUGCUUCCCCUUUACUGUUCUUGCAGGGGCGGAGCUAAGGGGGUUGCUGUUCCUCAAGAGCUUGGUUCAUAGGUUUGUUCCUGCUGCAAUGGCUCUGCUUUCAGUAGCUAUUGGGGCUGCCUUUGGGAUCUGCAGGGUGAUAAUUCUGAUUAGUGCUAUGUACAUUUCCUUUAGUUUGUGUUUCUCCAUUUUGGUUGCUGGUUUCCCACGAGUCUCAGGGUUUAUGACUUCUUGUUCAUUUGAGAUUUGUAUGGCUUGGCAUAGGCAUAAGUUGGUUCUGUGCACUAGUGUCCUAGAUUUUGCCUUGCUUUGGUACUGUUAA